AUGUCUUUAAAACCAUUAUUUACGCGCUCUUUAUUAAAAUAUAAUUCUCAUAGAAUUAAAUCUUUUAAAUCUUUUGUAACAGAGACUAACAUUCAAAAGUUGAAGGAUCAAUCAUUAUUAAAAAGUAAAGCUUUUAUUAAUGAUCCAGCUACUGAAAAUGAGAUUGGACAAGUACCUGAAAUGGGUGCUAAAGAAACAAAAAAUGCAAUAAAGGCUGCUAAAGAUGCAUUAAAUGAAUGGUCAAGACAGCCCGCAAGGACAAAACAUGAUGCUUUGAAUAAAUGGGGUUCUUUAAUAUUAGAAAAUAUGAAUGAUCUUGCUACAAUACUAACUCUUGAAAAUGGUAAACCAUUCAAUGAAUCUUUGGUGGAGAUUAAAUAUGGACAAAGUUUUAUCGAAUGGUUUGCUGAAGAGUCAAGACGUAUUUAUGGUGAUAUCAUCCCAUCAAUAUCCCAAGGUCAAAGAUUCUUGGUACAAAAGCAACCGAUUGGCAUUGCUGGAAUCAUCACUCCUUGGAAUUUCCCAAAUGCGAUGAUCACUCGUAAAAUAAGUGCUGCUUUGGCAGCAGGUUGCACCACUGUAAUAAAACCUGCUGCUGAAACUCCUUUUUCUGCUUUGGCUUUGGCUGAUUUAGCUUCAAGAGCAGGCAUUCCUAAAGGCGUUAUCAAUAUUAUAACCACCAACGAAAAUGUUAGUGAGGUUGGUAUGGAAUUAACAACUAAUCCUGACGUUAGAAAAAUUUCAUUCACUGGAUCGACCGCUGUCGGUAAAUUUUUGAUGGAACAAAGUUCAAGUACAUUAAAAAGUAUUUCAUUGGAAUUAGGUGGAAAUGCACCAUUAAUUGUUUUUGAUGAUGCUGACAUAGAUUUAGCUGUUGAAGGUACUAUUGCCUCAAAAUUUAGAGCAUCAGGUCAAACUUGUAUUUCCCCAAAUCGUAUCUACGUGCAAUCGUCAAUCUAUGCUGAAUAUGCCUCGAAACUCUCUGAAAAAGUCAGUAAAUUUAAAAUUGGAAAUGGGUUUGAUCCAACCACCACUCAUGGUCCAUUGAUAAAUAAAAAAGCGGUUGAAAAAGUUAAAAGACACGUUGAUGAUUCUGUGGCAAAAGGUGCUGAAAUAUUGAUUGGUGGUACUAGACAAGCAGGGAAUUUUUUUGAUCCAACUGUCUUGACAGGAAUGUCAAAGGAUAUGAUUAUAACAUCUGAAGAAACUUUUGGUCCGAUAGCUGCCUUGUAUAAAUUCGAAAAUGAAGAUGAAGUAGUUACUAUGGCUAAUUAUUCCACUCAUGGUUUAGCUGCCUAUUUUUAUAGCAGGGAUAUUGGAAGAUGUUGGAGAGUUGCGGAAGCUUUGGAGGUUGGAAUGGUCGGUGUCAAUGAUGGAAAGAUUGGUUUUUGCGAAACUCCUUUUGGUGGGGUUAAGGAAUCAGGCUUUGGACGCGAAGGUUCAAAAUAUGGAAUUGAAGAAUUUCUCAAUGUUAAAUUUAUAAAUUUUGGUGGAAUAUAA